GUGGUGCGCCGGGCCCGGGGAGGCCGCCGACGCCGCCAUGCCGCAGUCCAAGUCCCGGAAGAUCGCCAUCCUGGGCUACCGGUCCGUGGGGAAAUCCUCAUUGACCAUUCAGUUUGUUGAAGGCCAGUUUGUUGACUCCUAUGAUCCAACCAUUGAGAACACCUAUCUUUCAACAAAAUUGAUCACAAUAAAUGGACAAGAAUAUCAUCUUCAACUUGUAGAUACAGCUGGACAAGAUGAAUAUUCUAUCUUCCCUCAGACAUACUCCAUAGAUAUUAAUGGUUAUAUUCUUGUGUAUUCUGUAACAUCCAUUAAAAGCUUCGAGGUGGUCAAGGUCAUCCAUGGGAAACUUUUGGACAUGGUGGGCAAAGUGCAGAUCCCCAUCAUGCUUGUCGGGAAUAAGAAAGACCUGCACAUGGAAAGGGUAAUCAGUUAUGAAGAAGGGAAAGCACUGGCAGAAUCCUGGAAUGCAGCUUUUUUGGAAUCUUCUGCUAAAGAAAACCAGACUGCAGUGGACGUGUUCCGGAGGAUCAUUCUGGAAGCAGAGAAGAUGGACGGGGCCGCUUCCCAAGGCAAGUCAUCCUGUUCUGUGAUGUAAGCAUACUCGGCUGAGGAGCCCCCAACCCCACAAACUGCUUUUCCUCGUUAACCGAGCGUUUUCAUUUGAGUCGGAGCAUCUCCACCCUGCCCAUCACAUCAUGUUCAGCUCUGACUGUCCCAAUGAGUUCACUCACUUUCAAACUUUAAGCAAUCAUAUUUUCAAUUUAUAUAUUGUAUUUCUUAAUAUUAUGACCAAGAAUUUUAUUGGCAUUAAUUUCUCCGUGUAGUUUGUUGUUUAAAAUAAUGUAAUCAUCAAAAUGAUACCUGUUGUCACACUACUAUAUUAACUAAGCUUCAAUUCUGUGUUUCUUUCAUUGUGUUAAUGUAAACUUGUAAAUAAAAUAGCUUCAAACCUC